AUGACUCUGUGUGGCAAGGUUCGCGUGCUAACGGGGGGUCGACAGUUCAUCAUCAACGCUCAGCAGCCUGCUAGCGACAAGAUCUUCGACAUCUCCGCCUUCGAGAAGUUCCUCCAGGACACCAUCAAGGUCGAGGGCCGCACCAACAACCUGGGCGACAAUGUUAUUGUUCAGCAGCAGGGCGAGGGCAAGAUCGAGGUCAUUGCCCACAAUGAGCUGUCUGGUCGCUACCUCAAGUACCUGACCAAGAAGUUCCUCAAGAAGCAGCAGCUCCGUGACUGGCUCCGUGUCGUGUCCACCUCCCGCGGUGUUUACGAGCUCAAGUUCUUCAACGUCGUCAACGACGAGGCUGACGAGGACGACGAGUAA